AUGUCUGUCCAGGAUAGAGCCCAGGCCCAGCUGUCGCAGCUCGACAAAGAGCUGUCCAAGUACCCCGCACUCAACAACUUUGAGAAGCAGACGUCGGUCCCCAAGGUCUACAUGAUCCUUGGUCUCGCUGGUCUCUACUUCUUCCUCAUCUUCUUCAACAUUGCCGGAGAGUUCCUCGUCAACAUUGCUGGAUUCAUCAUUCCCGGUUACUACUCGCUCGAGGCUCUCUUCAGCGCCAGCAAGGUCGAUGACACCCAGUGGUUGACUUACUGGGUUACCUUUGCCUUCUUGACCGUCUUCGAGAGCGCUGUGAACGCCGUCUACUGGUUCCCCUUCUACUACACCUUCAAGUUUGUCCUUAUCCUCUGGAUGUCUCUUCCCCAGACUGCUGGUGCCCAGAUCGUCUUCCGCUCAUUCCUUCAGCCCGUCUUCUCGCGCUACUUCUCCGCGACAGGCUCCACCGCUGCCGACCUCCGUGCCAAGGCCGACUCAGCUGGCAAGCCUCAUGCCUCGUAG